CCCUUGAAUCUAACGAAAGACAUUACCUUAUGGCUAUUUUGUUAUAACCCUGAGAUCAAAGACUUUAAUGACCCUGUUCUGAUUGAUGUGGAGCAGCCAUCUUGCAGCUAUACAUACAGUACAGCAAAUUAUAUGUGUGUGGGCUUCAGAAAGCCCAGUGUUUGUGUACAUUCCUUCAACGAUAUUGACUAUCCCGUAUUGGUAAACGGCAUUAUCGGGGCAUGGAGGGGGGGGGGGGUUGCACGCAAUAACGAUUGCUUGAAUCUCAUUCUUCAUCGUCGAUUGAAAAACCUGCUCGAGGCUGCUCAGCAGGUCGGCUUACCCUGUGAUCACGACUUCAUUUUCGACCAAGGUUCUGAGCAGAGUUUUCCAAUGGGAUUUCCUAGUUGGUGUGAACUUCUGGAGCAUGGUGAACAGGACUGGGAAAGCUUCGAUGACGAGCAUAGGUCGAGAAACACAACAGUGACUCAUUGCUUUAGCUCAGGGACAACAGGUCUCCUAAGGCUGCUGUUGUCAGCCAUUAAAACAUGA